UGCGGAAGUGAGAUUUAGGGCGUGUCAGUUUGUAAACUAAAACUGAAGCUCACAGCAGGACUCUACCUGUGUCGGAGAGACCCUUCACCGCUACAGAACCUUCAGAUCCGCGCCUUUAGACACGAUGGCAUCGCUGACCCCUCUAUCCCAGGCAAACACUGCCUUCGCGCUGGCUCUGCUGCAAAAGCUGAGCGACAACGACAAGACGGCAAACGUCUUCUUCUCUCCGUUCAGCAUCUCCUCGGCCCUGGCCAUGGUGAUGCUGGGGGCGGGGGGCAACACAGCCUCACAGAUGUCAGAGGUCCUCUGCUUUGCGUCGCAGCCUGCGGAAACGCAGCAGAUGCAGAUGGAGAUGCAACAGGAGGUCAAAUUCCAGCUGCCCGAAGCGCUGCAGAAGUUCACGCCAAAGCAAACAUGCCUGAAAACCCAGGACUGUCAGGAUGACGUGCACUUGAGCUUCAGCCAGCUGCUGAGCGAGCUCAACAGGGCGGAUGCUCCGUAUGCCCUGAGUGUCGCCAACAGACUCUACGGGGAGAAGUCCUACCAGUUUGUCGAGGAUUUCCUUAUGAAAACAAGGAAACACUACACCGCCGAGCUGGAGCCUGUGGACUUCAUCGGCAACGCUGAAGCAGCCAGAGUCAACAUCAAUGGAUGGGUGGAGAAACAGACACAAGGUAAAAUUAAGGACCUGCUGGGGCAGGAUGUGUUGGACAGCUUGACCAGACUGGUGCUGGUCAAUGCCAUCUACUUCAAAGGCAACUGGAACAAGCAGUUCCAGGAGAGUGCCACUCGCGACGCACAGUUUCGGAUCAGCAAGAAUGAAACCAGACCAGUGAAGAUGAUGUACCAGAAAACAAAGUUUCCUUUGACCUUCAUCCCAGAGGUUAACUGCCAGAUCCUCGAGAUGCCGUACCAAGAGAAAGAGCUGAGCAUGCUCAUCUUCCUUCCCAUGAACAUCGAGGACGGUUCAACAGGUCUGGAAAAGCUGGAGAACCAGCUGACCCAUGAGAAAUUUGUGGAGUGGACUCGUCCAGACAUGAUGGACGAAACGGACAUUCAGGUGGGCCUGCCUCGAUUCAAGAUGGAGGAGAGCUACGACAUGAAGAACGUCCUGGUCAGCAUGGGCAUGGUGGACGCCUUUGAUAUGGCAGCCAGUGACUUCUCUGGCAUGUCUCCUGCCAAUGACCUGGUGCUUUCUAAAGUUGUCCACAAGGCUUUCGUGGAGGUGAACGAGGAGGGAACAGAGGCCGCUGCGGCCACCGCUCCUGUCAUGAUGCUGCGCUGCGCCCUUAUUCAACAGCCCUUCAUCGCCGAUCACCCCUUCCUCUUCUUCAUCAGACACAACCCUUCCAACAGCGUCCUCUUUGCGGGCCGAUACUGCUCCCCCUGAGCUGCAGUUCAGUUCAGUUAUAUUUGCCACUGUCAUCCCAGAAUCAUCUCACUUCUAUUUCAAGACUUCAUCCUGUGCCUUUCUGACUUCUGUAACCCAAACCUCAGCCUUAACAUCUGAAUUGUUGCCCUUAUUUGCUGCAGCCUGACACGUCAGCGUAGCUUUACUGUCCACUGCUGUCCAUGCUGGCAGUGCAGACAUUAGCUGUGUCUUCUGGCUCUGAUAUUCUUUGCACUUUACCUACAGAGCGUGCAGCAUGGUUUUAUAUUAUUGCUAAACCAAAGAGUCUGGAUAGAAUUGCAGUGACACUGAAAAAUAUCUUUUACCAUUUGUAAGGAAACUGUAUUAACAUUUGAUAAGUUUAGACUAAUACAUCUUUGAAAUAAGAGUGAAGGCUUGAAGUGACUUUUGACCUGUGGUGUUGUUCCCUGCCUACAUGACCUACAAUAAAAGCUCAUACCCCUCUAAUGCUCCCAUUGUGGGAGCCAACACGU